CUCUGUUCCAUCACCACCACCGCCACCCAUAACAGGAUUGAGUCGAGACAUGGAGGUUCUCAAGGACUCAAUCAUCCAAUGCUUGCUGUUGUUGCUGCUGUUUGGCUGUGCCAGUGCUGAAGUCCACCACCAUGAGUUCGUGGUGGAAGCGACCCCAGUGAAGAGGCUGUGCAGGACCCACAACAUCAUCACAGUCAACGGCCAGUACCCCGGCCCGACUCUGGCGGUCAGGGACGGGGACACGCUCGUGGUCAACGUCAUCAACCGGGCCAAGUACAACGUCACGCUUCACUGGCACGGCGUUCGGCAGCUGCGGACGGCGUGGGCUGACGGCCCCGAGUUCGUGACGCAGUGCCCCAUCAGGCCCGGCGGCAGCUACACGUACCGGUUCACGAUCGAGGAGCAGGAAGGCACGCUGUGGUGGCACGCGCACAGCUCCUGGCUCAGAGCCACCGUCCACGGCGCUCUCAUCAUCUACCCUAAACAUGGCUCCUACCCUUUCCCUACGCCCAAGAAAGAAAUCCCCUUUAUCCUUGGGGAGUGGUGGAACGAGGAUCCCAUCCGUGUCGUGCGGCGGGCGGCGAGGACCGGAGCCGCCCCAAAUGUGUCCGAUGCCUUCACAAUCAAUGGCCAGCCCGGCGAUCUCUACAAAUGCUCCAACAAAGAGACGACGGUGUUCACGGUGGCGCCCGGUGAGACCAACCUGCUGCGGUUCAUCAACGCGGCCCUCAACAACGAGCACUUCAUCAGCAUCGCUGGCCACAAAAUGACGGUGGUGGCGGCCGACGCCGCCUACACCAAGCCCUUCACCACCUCGGUCCUUAUGCUGGCUCCGGGGCAGACGACCGACGUGCUCCUCACAGCCGACCAGCCGGCCGGGCGCUACUACAUGGCCGCCCACGCCUACGCCAGCGCUCGCGGCGUCGCCUUCGACAACACCACCACCACCGCCAUUCUCGAGUACACCAACAGCGGGUGCCCCACCAAGAACCGCCCCGGAGUCCUCCCAGCGUUCCCGGUGCUCCCGGCCUUCAACGACACGCCCACCGCCACUGCCUUCGCCGCCGGCAUCAGAAGCCCACGCCCCGUCAAGAUUCCUAGCCCCAUCGACCACCACCUCUUCUUCACCGUUGGACUGGGCCUGUUCAACUGCCCACCCGGCCGGCGCUGCGGCGGCCCCAACGGAACCCGUUUCGGCGCCAGCAUGAACAACGUCUCCUUCCAGCUGCCCACCCGAAUCUCCAUCCUGCAAGCCUAUCACCUGGGAGUGCGGGGGGUGUUCACCACCGACUUCCCUGCGGCGCCACCGGUGCAGUUCGAUUACACCGCCGCCAACAUCAGCCGGGCGCUGUGGCAGCCUGUGCCAGGGACGAAGUUGUACCCGCUCAAGUACGGGUCGGUGGUGCAGCUGGUGCUGCAGGGCACCAACAUCUUCGCGGGGGAGGAGCACCCCAUGCACAUCCACGGGUACCACUUUUACGUGCUGGCGACCGGGUUCGGCAACUUCGACCCCGCGAGGGACGCCGCCAGCUUCAACCUGGUGGACCCGCCGCUGCGGAACACGGUGGGGGUGCCGGUGAACGGGUGGGCAGUAAUCCGGUUCGUGGCGGACAACCCGGGGGUGUGGCUGAUGCACUGCCACCUCGACGUGCACAUCACCUGGGGCUUGGCCAUGGCGUUCCUGGUGGAGAACGGCGUCGGCAAGCUGCAGUCUCUGGAGCCGCCUCCGGCUGACCUUCCUCGGUGCUGAUCGACGUUCCAAAUCCUCAGUCGCGUCUUCGUAAUUUGCAGUCCUCGUGUUGUAUUGUGGCACUGUCAUCUGCUCCUCUUCUUCUUCUUCUUCUUCUUCUUCUUCUUCUUCUGGUUUGUUUGGCGAUCGAAGUCAGUCAUUAUUGAGUUGCCAAGUCUCUCAUUGAUCUGUUGCAAUGUUUAGAUCUCGUAAAAAUGAUUUGUCGCACAUUAUCAUCAUUAAAAA